GGCUUCAUCAAUCGGACAAAAUAUUAAAAUCGAAAGAUGCACUGCUGAGACCUAUGGAAAAAAAAUGGCAGUAAUGAAAUGACCACUCUAGUUCAACCAAUCAAAUCGCUCAAAUGACCUCUCGACCUCUCUCGUCUAAUCACAAUUCUGUGAUACGACAUCGUCACUAUCAGCCUAAAACCACACGUGGAACUCCAUUUUCGUUUUUGUAAUGUCAUCUUUUUAAAAAUACUGUCAGUUCGCGGAGAUUAUCUUUUGAAACAAUGGAAGAAAAAGCAAUUCUUACUAUUAUUGUAUUUAUUGGAUGUGGCAUUUUCCUUUGCAAUGUUGUUGAAGCCAACGUCAGAUUACUAAAUGGCGUCAAAACCAACGCAUUGUAUUUUGGGAUCCUACAAGUCUAUCACAACAAUGAGUGGGGAACAGUAUGUGACGAUGGAUGGAAUAUAAACAACACCAAAGUAGUCUGUAGAGAACUUGGUUACCAACAAGGAAUAGCUAAGCAUUCAGGGAAAGGAUCGGGGAGAACAUGGAUGGAUGAUGUAGUAUGCACAGGGAAUGAGAACUCAAUACUCAGUUGUAGACAUAGUGGAUGGGGAUUGGAAGACUGUGAUCAUUCAGAAGACAUCGGUAUGGUGUGUUACUCAGAUAAGUUACCAAAUCUGGCUUUCAGAUGGGCGAAUAACGCAUUCGCUGAUGCUGGACGACUAGAAGUGCGUUACCACGGCACCUGGGGAGCGUUAUGCACGGACAACAUCGAUCUUGAAGACGCUUACGUGGUUUGCAGGAUGAUGGGCUACAGCCAGGCUCUUGCAGUUUUAAAGAUGCCAACGAGCUCCAGUGCAAUUAAGUUCUCGCUAAUUCUUAGUUGUAAUGGUAAUGAGAAUUCGACCAAGAAAUGCAGCACGGCAGUACUCAACAAAAUAAACUCAUGCAACACCAACAUGGAGUCGUGGAUUUCUUGCAAAUCGGAAAUUUCAGUUCAUGCUGACGCAGCCGUUCGCCUGGUAAAUGGUAGUGCCCCUAACGAAGGCCGAGUAGAGGUUCGAUACUAUGGAAUCUGGGGCACAAUAUGUGAUGAUGAUUGGGACCUUGCAGAUGCUCAUGUGGUCUGUCGUAUGUUAAACUAUAGCAAAGCAUCAUGGGCAGGAACUGCUAAGGUUAAAGGAAGGGGUCCUAUUCUAUUGGAUGAUGUACAUUGUCGAGCCAAUGAAAAUACUUUGGCAGACUGCCGUAAGCCGGGUUGGGGUCAACACGAUUGUGGCCACAGUGAAGAUGCUGGUGUCAAGUGUGGAAAUAUGACUGAAGAGGAGUCGGUCGUGACUGCCCGUCUCGUUGAAAGGAAAGAAAAACAUGUUGGUUUCGUAGAAGUGAGAUACAACGGGACCUGGAUGCCAGUCUGUGAUGAUAGCUGGGAUAUAUUGGAUGCUCACGUGGUCUGUAGAAUGCUAGGUUACAAAGGAGCCCAAGCACCAAUACGACAGUAUCGUCAAGAAGUAAAUGGAUUAUGGAUGGGUGGUGUGGAAUGUAGUGGCGAUGAAGUAUCGAUUAGUGAAUGUUAUCACCGUGGAUGGACAAACACUCGAUGCCGUGGGAACUACUAUGCUGGUGUCAUGUGUAAAGUGACAAAAGAUCUUCCACCGAUACAAAUUCGUUUGGAAGAAAGACCAAAACCAGACUCUGGUCGUGUUGCAGUUCGCUAUGGUAAUAUAUGGGGGUCAAUAUGUGCAAGAGGACUAGAGAUGAAAGAUGCUCUGGUAAUAUGUCGUAUGUUCAGCUAUCCCGGAGUAAUUUCUGGGUACAUUUCUCAGUCUGUAAAUGGUACUAUCUGGUUGAGUAACCUGGAGUGUAAUGGAACAGAGAAGUCAAUAGCUGACUGUCGUCAUCGAGGAUGGGGACAAACCACUCCAUGCACUCAUGACAGCGAUAUUGGUGUUAACUGUAAGGCAGCUGAUGCUCCUCGGUUCCAGAUCAAUGGAACCAACGCCAUCACGAAAUCAACGGUGGAGAUCUUGUUGAACAAUUCACUGACAAUUGACUCUGGACUUCAAAGUUUGUAUCAAGUGGCAGUGGAAAAAAGAAAUAUUGAACAACGUUUGAAAUCCUAUGAACAACCACCACCCUUUGUCUACAGUGAAGUCAACGUUACUAUGGCAACACAUAUGGGUAAUGAUAGUUACAUCACAGCAGAGAUCCUAAGUCCUAUCACGAACCUCACGAUUGGUGACGGUCAGUAUUACCAUGGUUACUACAACGCACCAUUAGAACCCGGUUCAAUGUAUAGAGUACAUAUAAGGAUCGUUACCAUGGCAAUGGAAGGGGAACAAGAAAGAGUUAACGGCCACUCAAACUUCGUAGCAUUCACAACUAAAAGCAAUUCGAUGGCUUCUGUGAAAGGUGUGACAGACCAGGAGACUAAGAAAAAUACUUACAACAACGCUGUAUUAGGAUUUUCAGUGAUCUUAAUUCUAUUGGUUUGUGUUAUUGUUGGGCUUAUCGCUUACUGUAAAAUAAAACUAAAGAAUACAAGAAAAAAAUACAAGACUGCCAAUGCAGCAGAGUUGACAGAGAUUACGAACCCUGCAGAGCCAAAUGGACAACUUGAUUGUUAUUACCAACCUCUUGAUCGAAAAUACGAAUCAGCAGAACAAAAAGAAAGUUGUGAUUAUGAAAAUGUUACUGGACUUAGGAUGCAGCGUUAUCAAGUGCCAAAGCCUGUCUUAACGUUUAGCACCAUACCGUACAGUACGUACCAUUCUCAUAUAGUAAUACGAAGUGGUGAGGCUGAUGGAUCUCAAAGUCUUCAUGGUUUAUUUAUUUUUCCUGUUGUCGUCGUUAACUUUGACAGGACUUGUAAGAUAUGUCAACAACAAAAACAGCGAUAUUGGCAACUCUACAUCACUAUUGACUUUGUGAAUUUAGAUAUAACUGAAGGUGCGGCGGCAAAUAUGACGCUGAACUUUCCCGCCACAGCCAAUGUCUCUCUCCCUUAUGGUAUUCUUAACGUUUACCACAAUGGCCAAUGGGGGACUGUUUGUGAUGAUGGAUGGGACAGCAAUGCGACAAACGUUGCAUGUAGACAGCUCGGUUACUCGAUUGGCGUGGCGUCGUUCAAUAUGGGUGAUGGAACAGGUCAGAUAUGGCUGGAUGAUGUGAAGUGCAAUGGGAACGAGAGCUCUUUAGACGAGUGUAGUCACUCAGGAUGGGGUGUUCAUAACUGUGGUCAUACUGAAGAUGUUGGUGUUAUUUGUCAAUCAGUCAUACAUCCCGUCAUCGUGCGCCUCUCUGGUGGCAGUAACUCAAAAGAAGGUAGAGUCGAAGUACGUUACAACAACAUAUGGGGUACCAUCUGCGACGACGGCUGGAACAUAAACAAUGCUAAUGUUAUUUGUAAGAUGUUGGGCUACCAAAAAGCAAUCAAAAUCAAGAGUUUUGGACCAGGUUCUGGAGAGAUCUGGCUUGAUGACGUAUCUUGUACAGGUUCGGAAACCUCUAUUGACAAAUGCCGCUCUAAUGGAUGGGGCAGUCACAAUUGCGGCCAUGGUGAAGAUGUAGGAGUCAUAUGUUUGCAAGGCUCUCCAGACGUCGCUGUUCGUUUGACUUCUGGUAGUGUAUCUAACAGUGGUCUUGUUGAAGUACGUUACUAUGGUGACUGGAAAUCUAUAUGUGAUACCAAUUGGGACAUAAUGGAUGCUAACGUCGUCUGCAAAAUGUUGGGCUACACGCAAGGUGCUGCAGCUGUUAUCAGGAAUUACCAAAGUUCUGAUUCUGUUUGGCUGUCAAAUGUACGAUGCAGUGGACGUGAGUCAUCAAUUGCCAACUGUAAUAAUGUAGAUUGGGGACAAGGAAGCUGUGGAAAUAACAAAAGAGCAAAUGUCUUGUGCAAAUCAGGAUCGUCCAAUAUCCAUUUUUCUCUGUCCAAUGGAGCAGUGUCCCAUAGCGGACGUCUUAUGAUACGCUAUUUUGGCACGCAGGGUUCUGUUUGUGCAGAUAAUUUUGAUAUACAGGAUGCUCAUGUAGCUUGCCGAAUGAUGGGUUACAGCCAUGCUAUCACAGUUUACAAACAGCCACAGAGUGACAGAAUGCCUGUUUUUUCAUUGGUGAUGAACUGUAAUGGUCCAGAGACAUCGAUACAGCAGUGUGGAUUCAGCCUCUAUGAAAUAAAUGCAUGUCGAAGCAACAAUGUGGUGUGGAUUGUUUGCAGACCCACAGGAUCUUGGACAACAAGAAUACGUUUCCAAGGUGGGUCAUCAAGUAUGGAAGGACGCGUCGAGAUCCAGCAGUACGGAGUCUGGGGCACAGUCUGCAAUUCUCAUUGGGACAUACGUGAUGCUAAUGUAGUGUGUCGUAUGCUGAACUACAAGGGCGCCAUGAGAGUUUACACAGCGGGUGGAGGGACAGGUCCAGUAUGGCUUACGAGACUUGGAUGUAAGGGAGACGAGAAAGACCUACUGAACUGUACUCAUAGUGGACUGGGACAGACAGGAUCAUGUAGUCAUGGCAACGAUGCUGGAGUAUAUUGUCAUCAAUAUCCAAAUAUUCAAGUUCGUUUAGCUGGAGGAGGUUCUCCUUACAUUGGUCGGGUUGAAGUCAAGUUUAAUAAUAUUUGGGGAACGAUUUGCGGUAGUUAUUGGGGUAUACAUGAGGCAACUGUUAUCUGUCGCAUGUUAAACUAUCAAAGAGCAAUUGCUAGUAUCAGAUAUUUUGGAGGAGGUCGUGACAAAAUCUGGCUCAGAAACGUACAUUGUGCUGGAAAUGAGGAAUCUUUAGAACUAUGUAGUCAUUCAGGCUGGAACAGUUACAGUUGUGGUCAUGACGCUGACGUUGGGGUUAAUUGUAAUGGAUCAUCUACUGGUCCAAAUGUAGCUGUUCGUCUGGUGGAUGGAAGUACUCCAAAUCAAGGCCGAGUAGAGGUUCGAUAUUACGGAGUCUGGGGUACAGUUUGUAGAGACAACUUUGGUUGGGCAAAUGCUCAUGUGGUCUGUCGCAUGUUGAACUACACCAAAGCAAUGUUAUAUGGAACUGCAAAUGUUAGAGGAAAUGGUCCAAUUCUUUUAGAUGAUGUAAAGUGUCGUGGUUACGAGAGGUCAUUGGAGUAUUGCUCACAUAGGAGUUGGGGUCAGCACGACUGUGGACAUUAUGCAGAUAUUGGCGUCAGAUGUGGGAAUUUGACAAAAGAUGAAUUAGCCGUGGAAGUCCGUCUCGUUAAAACCGUACAAAACCUUUCUGGUGAAGUGGAAGUGAGAUACCAAAAUACCUGGAGACCAGUCUGUGAUAAUACCUGGGAUAUACUAGAUGCACACGUGGUCUGUAGAAUGCUUGGUUACCAAGCUGCACUUGCAGCGGUCAAAAGAUACAGGCGAGGAAGAGCAGGACCGUGGUUGAGCCAAGUCCAAUGUAAUGGCGCAGAAAAAUCAAUAAGUGAAUGUUAUCACCGUGGGUGGAUCAAUAAACUUUGCACUGGAUAUUUCACUGCUGCUGUCUUAUGCCAGCAUCCAGAGGGCUCUUUACCAAUAGACAUUCGUCUGGAAGACGGAAAUUUACCCAACAUUGGCCGUGUUGCUGUUCGCUAUGGUAACGUAUGGGGUACCAUAUGUAACAGGGAACUAGACAUCAACGAUGCUAAAGUGAUUUGUCGUAUGCUCGGCUACCCCGGGACAAGUAAGGUGUAUCCAAAGUCCAAUUUCAGACCUGGAAAUGGUACUAUCUGGUUGAGUAACCUGGAUUGUAAUGGAACAGAGGACUCGAUUAUUGACUGUCGUCAUCCAGGAUGGGGACAAACAAUAUGUAGUCAUGACGACGAUGCAGAAGUCGUUUGUGAAAAGGCUGGCAUUCCUCGAUUUCAAAUAAAUAAUUCCAAUGCAGUAACAGAAUCGACAGCCUUUCUUAUGAUUGAAGCAACGGGUGCCAUCGACGAAGCAUUAAACAGUUCUUAUCAGAUAGUCGUGGUAAAGGUAGACCAGAAUGUCAUUUUCAGUUCCAUGGAUCAGCCACAGCAAAUGUUGCCAGCUAUGAUAGAACAUUUUACCACGGCAACCAAUAAUGGUUCUGCCUUCUACGUUACGGCUGAGGUUGAAUAUUAUGCAUCGUCAUUUAAUUUUACUGUCGGUGAUGGACUUGAGUAUAAUGGUUAUUACAAUGCGCCAUUGGAAAUAGGGUGUGUAUACAAAGUGUACCUGAGAAUCGUCACCAGGACAACAACUGGGAGAAAAGUGUACGGGGAUUCAUCGUUUGUGGCUUUUAAAACUAAAUCAAGUAUUGGGAAAGGGGUCAGUGGCAGCAAGAUAUUCCAAGCUUCAGGCAGUAUAGUCAUAGUUCUUUCCGUUGCAUUAGUGAUUUGUAUUGUGCUUUUGAUUGGAUGUUCGAAUUUGCUCCGGAGACGAAGGAAUGAAAGGGUUGAUAACAAAGUGAAGUCACAAGGCAAUGAAGCGAUUGAGAUGAGCAGUGUUCAUUCUCCAAUGUAUGGCAAUACAGAAGGCAUUUACCAGACUCUUCUUCACCUGUCUCCGCCUCAAAUAGAAGAGAGCCAUUACGCCAAUGUGUCUGAUAGUGAGCCAAAACAAUGUCAAAUGUCGAGCGGAACAUCAGUGGGAGGAAACACAUCGACCAGCAAAAAGGAAGAGGGGUUGUAUGAAAACGUUGAAGACGUAAAGAGAGCUACGCCCCUUCUUAAGUUCAAGUAAAAUUCAAACUUCUGUAAAAAGAAAAAUUGUAGUCAAGCCUCGAUACCGUAAACAGAGCAGACGACUAUGGAUUUUGGAUGAAUUCAGCUAACCAGCAGAGGAUUAGAAAAAAUGUUCAUUGAUUUGCGUGCUUCCAUCCAGUUUUGGGUGCACGCGGGAGGCUCCUAAGCACGAAGGAAGAGUAAGAGAACCGUACAAGUGCACCCAAAACUAAAUGGAAGCACGCUAAUCAAUGACCCAUACUUUUAUAACAUAGCUAAAGCGUGAACAAAUAAUUGUUAAUCGAGAACAAUUCAAAACUUUUCUUAACGAAAUCUCAAUUACAUCGUGCGCGCUACUCAAUUACGUCAGCGUGCACCAUCGAUUUUAGGAUGCACGCUCAUGCGCGUUAAAUAACCAAUCAGAGCGCACGUUAUAUCGUCUCUAUUUUAUGAUCACGAUUUUUGAUGACCUUUCUUAAAACCAUGCAGGUUAGAAAUUUAUUAAACAUCCCUUUUAGGUAUUCAAAGUCAGGUAGCAAUAAACAAUAUUCUUCAGAGCCCUGAACCAAAUAAAAAUAAAGAAAUAACGA